AUGAGUUGCUCAUUAGAGAAGAAUCCGAGGAAAAAGUCCACCCCAUUCUGCCCACUUGAAGAUCUGGUCGCCUUGUCCGGUUCCAUCGCUCAUAUCCAGAACUCAGGAGUUGAAAAGGGGGAAAGAAAAGGAACUAGCUUGACAAAGCCUACUUGGACAAGUAUUGGGGACAGCUUCACUACAAAGACUGGGAGAGUAUAUACGAGAAUCCAAUUAAAGAACAAAUUUGAUGCCCUGCGAAAGGAGUGGCAAUUAUGGGAUAGGCUGCUCUGUGAGACAGAAGUUCCAGGCUACAAAAAAUUUAGAGAAAGAGGGCUUCAAUUUCGGGCUGAAUUGACUCAACUCUUUGGGUCUGUAGCUGCAACUGGACCACAGUCAUGGGUACCUUCUUCCAUGACACUUCCAAGCGAAGGAGUUCUUGAAGAUGAUAUGGAAGAAGGGUCUGGAGAUAGUGAUGAAAUUUUGGGGGCACCAACUGGCAUAAGUGGGGAGUUUAAUUCGGUCACAUUUAAUGACAAUAGUGGAGGAAGUAGAGGCAACACUAGGAUGAGACAGGAAACCAUUCGUGAAGGUAGAAGCACAGGUCUAAGUAGCUCAUUAGGGGUUAGAAAAAAAGUUGAAUCCAUGAAGAAGAAACCCACUACCACUAUGAAAAUAGCAGAUGCACUAACUAGGAUAGCUCAAGCAAAUGAAAAUGAUUCUCAGCGUGAACAUGAAGAGAUUUCAAAAGCACGUACUAGGAAGCUAGAAGAAGAGGCACGUGCUUAUGAGAUGUCAAUUGCUGGAGUCAUGGAGCACCUUAAUGAAGUUGAUGAAAUUGUUGAUGAUCCUGAUCUGUUUGGCCGGUGCACAACACUCCUUAUAGACAAGCCAAUUGCAAGGGAAAUGUAUGUGGCUUUGAAGAACAAGAAGGAAAAACUCUUGAUCUUCUUGAAGCAUGCAACUAAGGAUUGA